AUGUCUGAUAACAAUUUUCAAAGUGCAAAUGAAUGGAUUAAUUGGAUUGAAAAUGCUAUCUCUAGUACAAAUAUUAAGUAUUAUGAUUUUAAAGAUUUUAGUAACAUAAAAGAAAUUGGAGUUGGAGCAUUUGGAAAAGUAUUCCGUGCCAAUAGGAAAACGUCGGAACAAUAUUUCGCGUUAAAAUGUUUUUUUAAUCUUAACAAUGCUACCGUAAAUAGAGUCAUUCGCGAAAUUGAACAUCAUCGAGAAGUGGACUUUCAUGAAAAUAUUAUUCGCUUCUAUGGAAUUACAAAAAAUAAUAUUGAAAAUGUAAUUGACCAAUCAAGAAAUUAUUUGUUAGUAAUGGAGUACGCUGAUGGCGGUACUCUUCGAGAGUAUUUGAUGAAUAAUUCCGACAUUCUUACUUGGAAGGAUAAAUAUAAUUUGGCAUAUCAACUUGCUCAUGCUGUAUCGUGUUUACAUGAAGAAAACAUUUUGCAUCGUGACUUGAAUUCUUAUAAUAUAUUAGUUCAUCAGAAAUCUAUCAAAUUGGCUGAUUUUGGCUUAUCAAAAGGAAUUCAUGAAGUAUCAAUAAUUUCAACAAAAUUAUAUGGUGUUAUCCCUUAUAUUGAUCCAAAAAAAUUCAGUAUUCAAUCAUACUCUUUAAAUAAAGAAAGUGAUGUCUACAGCGUUGGAAUUCUUUUAUGGGAGAUCUCGAGCGGUAAACCACCUUUUGAAGAACCUGACGACAGCUUAGCCGUUCAUAUUUUACAAGGUCUUAGAGAAAAAGUCAACCCCGAUACUUCGAUUGAUUACGUACACCUUUAUAUUGAGUGUUGGAGUGGGGAUCCAGACAAACGACCAUCUAUGCACGAAGUUGUUAAAAGAUUAAAGACGAUCAUCGAUAAACAAAGCGAAAAUGAUUUACCUUUUCAAAUAUCGAAAUUGAAUAUUUGUGCUGAAAAAUCUUUACAUGGGGAAUCAUCUCUACAAAUUAAUAAUAUACCAGCAACAACAAUUUCUUCUGUUACCGAAAGGGAUUUAUUUAAAAUAAUGAUUAAUGAUAUGGUAAUAAAAAUUGAUGAAAUAACCGGAAAAAAAAAUGUAGAAAAUUGUCAACUAUUUUGUUUUCAUAAUUAUAUUAGUAAUUAUGAUGUCAAUACAAAAAUUAUUCUUGAUCGAUUAUCAAAUAAUCAAAAUGAUCCAAAUUCCAUUUUUUUACUUGGAUAUUUCAAUUAUUUAGGAGUUGAAACAAAAAAAAAUUAUGAAAAAGCGUUUAAUUUGUUUAUUAAUGCGGCAAAUAAGGAUCAUCUAUUAGCGAAAUAUUACGUCGGAAAAUGUUACGAAUCUGGUAUUGGAACUACAAAAAAUGAAGACUUAGCUUUUCAAUACUUUGAAAAUUUUAUUAAUAAAACUUAUUCAACAGGACAAUUGAAAGUUGGUCAAUAUCACGAUAUAGAUAUUAAAAUAGGUUUAACAUUAAACAUUUGCUGGUAUGAACGCGCCGUGAAUAAUGGAAGUGAGAUUGCCAUGUGUAAUCUUGGCCUUUUAUAUUUAAAUAAAUAUAGUGACGAUAAAGAUUAUCUAAAAAAAGCUUUUGAAUUAUUUAAAAAAUCAGCUGAAGGAAAUCAUCGGGAUGGUAUUGUAAUGUUAGGUUAUUGUUAUUAUUAUGGAAUUGGAACUGAACCUAAUUUACAAAAGGCAUUUAAUUUGUACCAAGAUUCAGAAAAAUUAGGUCAUAAUAUAGCUAAAUAUAAUCUUGCUUUUAUGUAUGAAAGAGGAAAGGGGGUAAAAAAGGAUGUAAAUCAAGCAAUUAAAUUGUAUGGAAAUUUGGCUAAACAAGGAAAUCGAGACGCUCAAAAUCAAUUAGAUAAGCUUAAUGAAAAAGUAAAUUAUCCAUGUAGUAUAUUUUAA